AGGAGGGGAAUGUGUGUGAGAUGGGGGGUGGGAUGGGUGGUUCACUUGUUUUCGAACCCUGAUGGAGGGAAGAAACUGAGGCCCCUUUUCCCCCUAAAUCUUAAAUGCCCCCCACCCCCCCUCUUUCUUUCUUUAUCCAUUCUUUCUUUCUGCCUUCCUCCUUCUCCUUUCCUCUUUGGCCAUCUCGCUCUCACGGUCCAGAAGGAAGAGUUUCUCAUUCACGGUUUCUCCGUCAUGCCUCACUUAAUGAAAUGGUUCUUCCUUGUCCUCCUCGUCUUCUUCGUCCUCGUUUCAUCGUCCGAGGCGAAGAAGAAGACAAAGCAGAAACCCGGAGAGGAGAAAACCCCGAGCUCCGGGGAGCUGAACACCACAAACGGCGACCGCUGCACCUGGCAAACCCGCGAGGGCAAAAACAACAUGGUGCUCCACCUCAAAUGCUCCUCCCCUUCUGACCAGAGGGCGGGGCACGAGUCCAAUUAUUACGAAUGCCAGUUUACGGGAAAACCGAGCGAAUGCCCUGCGUACGGAGACAAACCCACGCAGUACUGGAAUCAGGUGUUAACGAGGCUGAAGAAGCGACAGAGCGCCUGCGAAGGAGUGAAAGUGCUGAAGGCGGGGAUGUGCAAGAGCGCUCCAAACUCCGCCCACAUGAAGCUAGUGAAGAAAAAGGAGGCGCGCAGAGAAAAGGAAGGAGUGGCAGAGGAGAAGAAGGAGGACGAGGAGAUGAUGAUGGCUGAUGAAGGGAUGUCGGAUGGAAGGGCAGAGACGGAGAGCUACUGCGCUGAAGGAUGGGAUUCGUUCUGCCACCUCCUCACCAAGCUUCUGUAAAAACAAACAAAAAGCUACACAAUUUUAUUCGGCGCACUGCUGUUAGCGGAAAACUAGCGUGAAAUAGAUUAGCAAGAAAUGAUCGUUUUUUUCUCUUCAAAUGCUAAUCAGAGAUCUUUCUUCCUGCACGUUGUUGUUGUUUUUGUGUUGUUGUUUUUGUUGUUGUUGUUUCCUGAUUUGGAAGAAAUCCUAAUGCUAAUCAAACUUAAUUUUGCAUUCUUCACAGAAAAGUGCUAGCAUAAAACAUCAAAUGUUCAUGCUCAGUUAUUUUCAGCAGUAACGUUUUUACCCACAAUGCACCUGAAGUCAAGAUGCAAAAUCCUAGCUGAAAUUCUGCCACUUGUUUAACAUCCCGGUCUGAGGAUGAUAGGGGGCGCUAGAGUACUAAUCAUACAUGCUACAUGCUAAUUAGCGAUCCUAGCAAUUCUUUUAGUUUGAAUUCAUUACAGCAGCUUUUUUUAGUCACAUGCCUGCGUUUGUGAAACAGCGCUAAGCUAACAUUUUUGGAACAGAAUGCUACGUGAUAUAAUAGCGUAAAUCUUGUGUUGCAUGUAGCUUAGCAUAGCUCUGCUAGCGUAAUUUAGCGUAUCAGGUGGUUUUCAAUAAACAAUUUAUUUUAAACGUUUUUGCGAAUCGUCAAUAAACUCAGAGUUUGUGUUAAA